GAAGAUCACAUUUAUUUUCAAUCGAUUGCCAAAAAUGACAAGGUCGGAACUGGAAACUAGCCAUGUAUACCUUCCUUCGCCAGUAUCGUGCCACACCAAUAGCACUAUCUCCGUAUCCCCUAGCGAAGCACUAAAUAACCGAAAACUAAAAACUCACCUUCCAGAUUCGCCAUCAACACCAAGCAACUCUGAGAAAGAUGAGGAAAUACGUAGUCGAGACGAAAAGAACAAAUCAACCAUGAAAUCAUACAGCGACAAACGAAAUUGUGCCAAGCCAAACAACAUCACCCUCGGUGACACUGUCCUCAUACGACAACCGAAAUUGAAUAAACUGUCCACACCAUUUGAUCCUGAGCCCUUCCGCGUUGUAGCAGUUAAGAACUCGAUGAUCACCGCAAGAAACAAGCUCAGAACAGUAACGCGCAAUUCCUCCUUCUUUAAGAAAAUACCCAUCUCCCCGUUCAUCUCGAAACCUCCGACGACGAAGACAACCCACCUAAAACAACCACCCAACCUUCACAACCGCCUUCGCCACCACUGAGGAGAUCCUCUCGACAACCAAGACAGCCGGAACGCUAUGGUUAUGCGAACGCAACAAUAUAUACAUUUUGAAACGUGGCACCAUUUUUGUUUAUUGACAACUACGAACUGGUAAUCGUUAACUAAUAUUUUAGAUUUAAAACAACAAAAAAUUAUAAAGAAGGGGAGAGAUGUAGUGUUAUUUGAUACAGUAUCGUAUUGCAUCUCAAACUAAUUACCUUAUGCUUGUAUAUAAUAGUUAUUUCUUAAUAUCACAUUACAUUAUUAUGGCACAUAAGUGCGUGCGUGUGUUCGAUUCGAGGUUAUAAUAUAAACACAACACUGAUCAAUUUAAUUUCAAUUUUCCAGACAACACCGUCACAACUUGUUGAGCCAAUUCAUCAUGAUUCCCUCCUUGCACAUUUCCAGAAUCUGGAGACACAUGAUAAACAAUCGGAGCAUCGACAGGUACAGCUACAGCUACACGUUUUCUAUUGCAUGGGAUAAUCAGAAUAAUUGCUUGGUUAGUGUCCCUGUGAGGAGUUGACUUAUCAAUCGCCAUGCUAAAAUGUGGUGGAAGUCCAGUAGAAACAAGGAGCUCUUGAAGACAUGUAGCUGUUUUUUCAAUCACAUAUGAAUAGGUAGUAUGAAUGAUUUCUGGGAACUGAUUUCUAUAUUGAAGCUUGUGGUUUCUCUUUGGGGACAAUAAAUGCUGACAAGGUUGACUGCACUGAUGAUUUCUUCAGACUUCAGUUGAGACUGGUGGCUCAGUAACCAAAACUGAUGUCUCAUCUGGUGUGCUCCCCCCCCCAUUAAAACAUCACAAUCUUGUUCCAUAUCCAUGGGAGAUUGGGUGUUUGCAUUGGCAAUAUUCUCUUCUAGUAAAGGGGAUCGUUAUGAUCAUCAUCAACAUCAAGGCAUUCAAUAUCAUCUUGACGAAAGGAGGAUGUAGAAGGAAGAUCUUUAGAUGAGGCACUUUCUUUUAAUAAUGCUCUAGCCAUUUCAUGACUUUUGGGGACAAUUAUUUUUUUGUAUCUGUUUGUUUUAUCUUCUUUGUGUGACUGUUUCCAGUGUCGCUUUUUGUACGAAUCUCUGCCACGUGAAAGUUCUUUGCCACAUUCUAAACACACAUGGGGGUCUUUAUCAUUUCUUACCCGGGGUAGGUUACGUUGUGUUGCUUAUGUGGUAAUGUUGCUUCCAGUUCUUUUGAAUGCUGACCAAACACUCUGGUGAUCCUUCAAGUUAACAGUUUGUUAAUUAUAACAUGCCUAAAAUAAUGCAUUAUCAUGCACCAUUAUGUAUUAAAUUAUUACUAAAUAACAUAAUACAUAACGAUGAAUGCAAUUCUGUCUUCUUACUCUUUGGGAAGCUGUAUCUUAAUCUUAGUAGGUACAGGCAUACAACUUAAUUAGUAGAUACAUCUUACUAAUGCACCUAUCAAUGUUAAGAGCCAGAGAGGGGGGGAAGGUCGGCAUAUGUAAGUCAUUUGAUCACCAUUCCAUCCCCACCCUGGGGAAUUUGCAUGUUUUGAUUAGCAUUUUGGGUCUGCUAUCGGACUCGAAUACUGAACAAAAAGAUGUUAAAGAUUGUUAUUAAGAAUUGACGAACAGAAAGACGAAACAUUGCAUAUUAUGAAUCAACUCGAGGAUAUUUUUCAACGAAGCAAAGAAUAUGAAAAUGCUAAAAAAGUAAAUGACGAAGCGGAUGCACUGGUCGAUCAAGUGGAAUAUGAAACAAGUUCAGCGCGUAUGUUUUUUUAACAUCGUUGGCAAAGAAACAGUGGAGUUCAAGCGCAGUGACGAUAACAAGCAGCAAGGAGUCGAACGUGGGCGAGACUUCGAAACAGAGGCAAGAUGAAGAUGAAAGGAGAAAAAUGCGGAACUUUGGGCACGUAUGCGAAACGAAGCAGAAGUUCAAAAGAAAAGAGAAUUGUUAGAAGAACAAGAAAGGCAACUACGAACAGCCGAAGAGCAAGCAAAGAAAACACGUCAAGAGAGGUGUAUUAGAAAAGGGGAAUAAUGAAGACAAUGAGAAUCAACAAAAUAGCGAACAGUCAAACACAGUAGAAAGAAUCGAGGUCAAUGAAACCCCAAUGAGAACAGCUCAGAUAUCACUUCCAGCAAACAGUAACACACCUACUAGAGGGGCGGGGGCGACUACAUCUCAAGCACAAUUGGAGAGAAUUCGGAUUCCAGUAUUUUCAGGUAACAAAAUGGAUUUUCAAAAAUGGCAUGCAGCAUUUAUAAGCUGUGUUGAUUUAACAUCCCUUUCAUCACAAUUCAAAAUGCUACGUUUGGAAGCUUGUCUUACUGGUGAAGCAGCAGAGACUAUAAAAGGAUUGGGAUAUUCAACAGAGGCGUAGAAGCAGCAAAAGCACGCCUGGUUCGCAAAUACGGUGGCAGUCGGAGACAAGUACAAUCGCAUUUGGAUGAGUUAAAGAAAUUAAGACCCCUCGAAGAGAACAAUCCAAAAGAAUUGGAAAAAUUUGCAGAUAUUUUGGAACGAGCUGUAAUUACUCUGAAAGAAAAUGGUCGCGAGUCAGAUUUGGAGAGUGGAACAUUGCGUACAAUAAUAUUGGGGAAAAUUCCAGAGCGUUUACUUGCACAGUAUUACCGUUGGGUAAAAGAAAACCACUACAAAGAUUCCUUGGAAAAAUUGAAAGAUUGGGUAGCUGAAGAAGCGGAAUAUCAAAUGCAAGCAUCUGAAAUUAAAAAUGGAAUCAAUUCGGAUGGUGAAAGAAGAAAGGAGAGAAGAUAUAGGUCAUUCUUCAGUAAACAAAGCGGUAAGAAAGAGUACGAUCCAUGUUCUGCUUGUGCAGGAAGUCAUCCAAUUUGGAAAUGUGACUCUUUCCGAAGUCAAGCUAUUGAUGAGAAAUGGAAAAUUGCGAGAAGAGUUGGGCUAUGUUACAGAUGCCUCGGGAAAGAUCAUUUGGGGAGUUCGUGUACAAGAAGUCGACAGUGUAAUAUUAAUGGUUGCAAGGAAACCCACCAUCGUUUACUCCAUGGGCAAAGAAGAGUUAAUACCAAAGAUCCUAAUCAAGAUAGCAAUGUUGCGGAAAAACCUCCCAUGAAACAAAUGGAUCCAGAAAAGAAAAAUCUUCAGGAACAGGCUCUUGGCACGGAGGGGGAUGGCAAUACACAAGCUACUACAAUGAAAACCAGCACAGAUCAUGAUAGCAGGAAGAUAGCACUGCGCACGAUCCCAGUUAUUUUAAAAAACAUGAUCCAAAACAAGCUUGGAAAACUGUUAAUAAAAUCCUAAAUCGAAAGCAAAAAUGUCCAGAUAUAAACUCUGUCAAAACUCAGAAUGGAGAGAUAACUCAUCCAAAUGAGUUAGCGGAAAGCUUCAAUGAUUAUUUUACUAAUAUUGGCCCAGAUAUUGCAAAAACUAUCGAUAAAGGUGACAGAAAUUUCACGGAUUACAUAACUAGAGUAACUAGCAAUUUUAAGUUCCAAGCUGUAUCUGAAUCGAAAGUUCAUAGACUUCUUUUGUCUCUAAAUCCCGGUAAAUCUACCGGUAUUGACAAAAUUCCAGCUAAAAUUAUUCGUAUUGCUUCCCCAGUAAUUGCAAAUUCCUUGGCAAAAAUUUUUAAUAGGGCAAUCACCAGUGAAUCCGUUCCAUCUGAAUGGAAAGCAGCGAGAGUUACACCUUUAAAUAAAAAAGGCCCUCGAAACCUGUUAAAUAAUUAUCGCCCUAUAUCCAUUCUUCCUGUUGUAAGUAAAGUUUUCGAAAAAGUAUUAUACGAACAGUUACACGAUUAUCUUGUUACAAAUAACUUACUAUCCCAACAUCAAUUCGGUUUUAGACGUAGUCACUCAACAGCAUCCGCCCUUUUAGAUAGCACAAAUGAAUGGUUUGUUAAUAUGGAUCGUGGCUUUUUUAAUAUUGCAGUCUUUCUCGACUUGCAAAAGGCAUUCGACACUAUUAACCACGUUGUAUUAUUGAAAAAACUUGAUUUUUAUGGUUUAGAAACACCAGCUUUAAACCUCCUAAAAUCGUAUCUAGAAAACAGAACUCAAAUGUGCACUGUUAAUGGCACACUUUCUCGUAAAAAAUUAAUUACAUGUGGAGUCCCUCAAGGCUGAGAUUCUUGGGCCGCUCCUAUUUUUGGUUUAUAUUAAUGAUUUGCCAAACAGUUUGGAGUAUUCGUCAACAAGAAUGUUUGCCGAUGAUACGACAUUAACUGCAUCUGGUAAAUCAGUUGCUGAUGUAGAAAUGGCCAUUAAUUAUGAUCUUGCUAACGUAAAGCGGUGGCUAUCUGCAAACAAACUAUCCCUAAAUCUUGUUAAAACUGAAUACCUACUAAUUGGAUCUCGGCAUAACGUCAAGAAUCUAGCCCUUGUUCCAAAUGUGUUCGUUGGCGAUGUACAAAUUAAAAGAAUGAGAGAAACAAAAGCACUUGGAGUAUGUAUUGAUGAAUUUUUGUCAUGGAAUAAGCAUAUUGACAAAAUUGCUAAGAAGGUUUCAUUCGGAAUUGGAGCGAUCAGAAGACUCAAACCCUGUGUGGACCAUAAUACAUUAAUAUGUGCUUAUAACGCACUUAUAUUGCCCCACUUCGACUACUGCUGCGAAGUUUGGGAUACUAUUGGUAUCACACUCUCUGAUCGCCUCCAAAAAUUAUAAAAUAGGGCUGCUAGAGUAAUUACGGGUCGUAAAAACGAACACGGCCAAUCUGAACUUGCUUUAAAUGAACUAAACUGGAAAACAUUGAAAGAACGCAGAACUCAAUUUGUAGCAAGUCUCAUGUACAAAAUAACCCACGAUCUAGCGCCCAAACAACUAAUUGAUGUGUUUCAAAAGACGCCUUCGUCUCAACAUUAUAACUUACGAGGUUAUGCCACAAAUCUCUACCUGCCCAAACCUAAGACCGAAUAUCUUAAAAAAGGUCUUAGUUAUAGAGGAGCAAAAUUGUGGAAUGGCCUCCCAGAUAGACUAAGAAAUAAAUGUUCUCUUAGUCAAUUUAACUUAAGUGUGCGGCACCUGGCCAGUUAGAUAAUGAGUUUAUGAAAUUUUAUUUAUUUGACCAUAGUAGAGUAAUUAUAAUUGUAUAAUUGUAUUGUAAUGUGUUAGUCUUGUAUAUAUAUUUAUCCUAAUUGAGUGUAACGUUUGUAUUUUUAAACCUACGCCCCUCUUGGAAAUCAGCUCUUGCUGUAGGGGUUAGCGUAGACAAAUAAAGUUUUUACUUACUUACUUACUUACUAGUUACACGUAAAGUCCAUGUAAACUGUCUGUUGGAUGAAGGAAGUGACACUACUUACAUCAACGAGGAUGUUAUAGAAGAACUAGGUUUAACCGGAGUGAAAGAAAAAAUCGAAGUCAAGGUAGCAAAUGACCAGACAAUUAGUUUUAUGUCGAACACGUUUACGAUUGGGCUGGAAAGCAUGGACGGAAGAGUAGAUACAGAAAUUGUGGCAAAAACCUCGGGAAAGAUCUGUGGGGGAAUGAAAGCUGUUAACUGGUUAAUCAUAAAACAAAAUUGGAAUCACCUAAAAAAGAUCCCAUUCCCAAAGUUAGCGAAAGGAAAUCAGAUCGAUGUCCUUUUGGGAGCAGACCACUAUGAAUUAAUGUAUUCAAUGAAAGAGAUUGUCGGCAAUAAAGACGAACCAAUUGCUAGACUUUGUCCUUUAGGAUGGACGGCGGUAGGUAAAAUAGAGCAACGAAGUAAUGUUGGGCAUCAUCACAUUGGAUUUAGUCAUACUUUCCGAAUCCACAUAGAGGAAGCAACGACAAAUGAUGUUCCAAAUGAAUGCUCAGACCUGAAUUCCACCCUCAAACGUUUUUGGGACCUUGAAAGCGUCGGAAUAACCCCCACCAGAGAAUCACUAAUGACGCCCGAAGAGAAGUUAGCAUGGGGAAAGGUAAGCCAGUCAAUGAAAUUUGAUGGUAAGCACUACGAGGUUGCGGUGCCUUGGAAGGAAGACCGUCCUAACCUUCCUACCAAUCUACCAAUGGCCAAGCAGAGAUUGUUGUCCACGGAGAAAAAGCUGUUGAAAAAUAAAGAAGUAGCCCUGGCCUACCAACAAGUAUUGAAUGGAUAUCUUGAAAAACAGUACAUUCGUCGAGUACCGAAAGAUGAAGAAAAGCCUCAGCAGGAAUGGCUUCUUCCCCAUUUUCCCGUAGUAACGGCCUGAGAGAGCAAGUACCAAAGUAAGAAUAGUUUUCGAUGGUUCAGCACCUUAUGAAGGCAAGAGUCUCAACACCAAAGCGUUACCUGGUCCUAAGUUACAAAGUAAUGUUUUCGAUAUCUUAGUCAAAUUUAGAAAAGAAACUGUGGCACUUGCUGGUGAUAUAAGUCAGAUGUACCAUCAACUAGUUUUGCGCGAAGAAGAUCGACCAUUACAUCGAUUUCUAUGGAGGGACUUAGAUCUAUCCAAAGAGCCAGAAGUAUAUGAAUUUCUGAGAUUCGUUUUCGGAGGAUGUUACUGUCCUUUUUGUGCACAAUAUACCUGACAGAAACACGCUCAAAAUCACAAAGAAGAGUAUCCCUUGGCAGCAAACGCGGUUGAAAAACACUGUUAUAUGGAUGACGUAAUGCCUUCUGUAGAUUCUGUCGAAACUGCGAAAGAAAUACGGCGACAGUUGUCCGAAAUGGGAGACAAAGCUGGUUUCCACGUAUGUAAAUGGGUGUCCAAUC